CCUCUAAGGAAGUGACGGCAGACGUGCCCUUGACAGGCGGGAGGGCCGGGCUGUGCAUCUCGCGCCGCAGGGAGCUCUUCCUGCCUCUCCCCCUCACAGAUGGCUCAGCGACUUCUCCUGAGGAGGUUCCUGGCCUCCGUCAUCUCCAGGAACCCCCCUCAAGGUCGGUGGGCACCCCUCAUCUCCAGGGCUCUGCAGACCCCACGACACAGUCCUGGUGACCUGACAGUAACACCCAGCCAAGCCCGGCCAUUAUACACCACCAGAGUCUGUUCAACAACCUUUAACAUCCAGGAUGGACCCGACUUUCAAGACCGAGUUGUCAACAGUGAGACGCCAGUGGUUGUGGAUUUUCACGCACAGUGGUGUGGUCCCUGCAAGAUCUUGGGGCCAAGGUUAGAGAAGGUGGUGGCCAAGCAGGAUGGGAAGGUGGUGAUGGCCAAGGUGGAUAUUGACGACCACACAGACCUCGCCAUAGAGUAUGAGGUGUCAGCUGUGCCCACCGUGCUGGCCAUCAAGAAUGGGGACGUGGUGGACAAGUUUGUGGGCAUCAAGGAUGAGGAUCAGCUGGAGGCUUUCAUGAAGAAGCUGAUUGCCUGACAAGCAGGAAAGAACCCCGAUGCUCUUGCCCGCUGGGGCCCCGGGGUCCUGGGAGGACCCUGAUAGAACUCAGUCCUGUGCAGGCCCUUCCCGGCGCCUCCCUUCUGUCUGGCCCUGAGGGCCCAUGUUUGGAGACCCGGCCUCCAAGCACGGAUCCUCCAGUGCUCCAGCCCGGCUGAAUGCCGGGGUGGCCGCCAGAGGAAUGGUGCUGCUGCUGAUCUGGGGACAGCGGUCCCCACUCUCGGUGUCUGCUCCCUCUAGGGCUGUCGCGGCUCUCCCAAGGUGCUUGGAGAGAGCCUGGGCCAGCCCGCCGCGUUCCUGUCCCCAGGAACAGCUUGUCCUCAUCUCCCCGGGCCCUUCUGAUCCCAACCCCAGUGCCUGGCUCAUCUGCCUCCUGCAUUUUUCUUUCCUGCUGUUGUUUUGUAAAAAGAAACCCAAACAAGUGAGAGUAAUAUAUAAUUCUCUCAUUUUUUGUAGGUCUGUAAUAAAGAACUUUAUGUGAUCCUUCUACCUCCUGCUGUGAAGAACAGACCCUGGGCCCCACACUAAAUUACUCUGUAGCCACCCCCCUUCUUUCCUGCCAGGCACAAGGGCAACGAACACAUUGGGCUCUGAGUCCUGCAGACUCAGACUCCACCCUCCCUCACCAUUAGCCGGCCCUUUGGCUCUCUGAGCAGGAGGCUCUGCUAUGAACAAACGAGACCAAUAAAGUGGAGGUUUGCACUGUC